AUGUUCAGAAUUCGUGAUUAUGAAAAGCAUAUACUUUCUCUUUAUUAUCAAAAAAUUUCCAGUAAAUUUUCUCGUUCACCAGGCCAUGAAAAUAUUCAUGCAGAACUUGCAGUUGCUCGGUCCAAUGAUUUGCCUACAGCAAUUAAAGGACAUCGUGAAUGGGAUAUAGAUAGCAUUUCCUAUAAACUCGAUCAAUCUCCCACUGUAACAUCAUUUAUUGAAGUUGAGCAUCAGAAACAUCUUUCAGCCAGAAAUUUUAUCGAGAUUUCAUGUAGCCUUAUUGCUAGUACAGGAGCAAGUCUCAAACUAAUAAAAAUGGAUGAGAGUCGAGGAGUUAUAGGGAUUUGUAAAAAGGUUCGUAAUGAAAUUAGGGCUGAAGUAUCAGUUAUCAAGCAUAUAGAUUUUGAGGCAGUCGUCACUUUUCAAAAUCUUACUCCUGAGGAAGCUGAAAUUUUUAAACUCGAUUCAGAACGUUCAGUUGUAGAUACUAUGGCACUUAAGCAUUUUUAUAUGUGGAAAAUGAUAUGA